AUGAGUUUCGGAGCACCGGGAGGUGGAUCUGUGAACUACAAGCCCGCGCCACCCGAGCGCGGUAGCUUCCCUCUCGAUCACGAAGGCGAGUGCAAGCACAUUAUAUCAGGAUAUCUGAAGUGUAUCAAGCUUAACAGAGGCACGAACGACGAGGCGUGUCGCAAAUUGGCUAAGCAGUACCUUUCCUGCCGAAUGGACAAGAAUCUUAUGGCGCCGGAUAACUUCCAGAACCUCGGUCUAGUGUUCAAAGACGACGAAGAGAAAGACAAAGCCCCUGCCAAUGCAGGUGCCGACACAUCGAAUACUGCGCAAUCGAAAAGCUGA